AUGGGUAGCAAUUUGGCACCGUUGAGCAACUUGGAGGGGGAAAAAGCUGUUGAGGGUGAACCCACAGGCCCCAGGAUGACUGGAAAUGAUUUUGAAAGCGCAAAGACUUCUGAAGACGAUUCUACUACUGAUUCUGAUUCGGACUCCGACACCGAGUUUGAUAAUGGAACCCAUAAUCCACCAGCCACGGCUCCCAAAACUUUGACGGACCGUGGAGACAUUAUAGACAGGUAUGGCUCCAAGAUAGCCGACUCAUCCAUCAAGGGACCCAAAACUACAAAAGAUAGAGCCAAUCGUGCGACAGUGGAGCAAGUGUUGGAUCCUCGAACCAUGCGGUUUUUAGGCAAAAUAUUCAACAAGGGCAUUAUUACCAGGAUAAACGGCUGUAUCAGUACCGGGAAAGAAGCCAAUGUGUACCAUGGAGAGCAUGAAGAAAAGAAUUUGGAGUAUGCAGUCAAAAUCUACAAGACGUCAAUCUUGGUAUUUAAAGAUAGAGAAAGGUACGUUGAUGGAGAAUUUCGGUUUCGCAACCAAAAGAACCAGAGCAAUCCUCGAAAAAUGGUGAAAAUGUGGGCGGAAAAAGAGUUUCGGAACCUCAAACGUCUUUAUCUCAACGGCAUUCCAUGUCCGGAACCCAUCGAAUUAAAGUCCCAUGUAUUGGUGAUGCAAUACUUGACCAAGGGUAAGGGUCAACCUUCACCAAAGCUUAAGGACCACCCGUUCGCGGACGAGGAAGAAGUUGUUCAUUACUACCAUCAAAUGCUCUUUUAUAUGAGACGAAUGUACCAAGAGUGUCGAUUAGUUCACGCCGAUCUCAGCGAGUACAACUCUAUUGUUCACGACAACAAGCUUUAUAUUAUUGAUGUUUCACAGUCUGUGGAGCCCGAGCAUCCUAUGGCGCUUGAUUUUUUGAGGAUGGAUAUCAAAAACGUCAAUGAUUUUUUCAAAAAGAAAAUCAAUGUCUAUCCGGAAAGAAUGCUUUUUCAAUAUAUCACCGACAACACGUUGCGAGACAACAGUGACGAGUCUCUUACCAAGUACUUGGAGGCUAUUCCUCUUAAGAACGAAGACCACGACCAGGAGGUUGAAGACGAAAUUUUUAGGUCAGUUUACUUGGUGCGGUCGUUGAACCAACUUGACGAGCGAGAUUUCAACGAUUUUUCUUUGGGAAAAUUGAAUGUUUUGAACGAUUUGUUGGGAGAAGCAGAGAAAGAGGAAGAUUCCAGUGACAGUGAGAGCGAGUAUAGCGACGAAAGUGACGAAGAUAGCGAUUCUUAUGACGACGAAAGAGCUGCAAAAAUACCCAAGGGAAAAAAAUUCGAGGAUAAAGAUGAGAAAAAGGCACGGAAAGAAGCUGCCAAGACUGCCAAGGCGGAAAAGCGCAAAACCAAGAUGAAGAAGAACGUCAAGAAAAAGUUGGUGAACAAACGUAAGACAAAGUAG